GCAUCCUCCUCCUCGGGAACAUCUUCAAGCACAUGAUCGCAAGCACGAUUAGGCAGCGCAUCUCCUCGCCUUUCAUGGUCUCUCCAUCGCAUAUGAUUUUGAUAUUUCCAGUAUAGCAUUUCUUUAUGGUCCCAAUCAUCUGAGGACCACGGACCAUUUCACGACAGGGUGUUCUUUUCCACGAUGCUUGCCUCUAGCAUUUCCUUGCCUUGGGCAAAUACAGUUCUCGCUUGGAUCGCAAGCUCUCUUGUUAUGCUCGAUACACCACUCUCUCCUUUACGAUUACUCAAAUCCUUUCAAGUCUCCGUGCUCGUUGCGAAUGUCGCUCUGUACAGCUUGGCAAAGUUCUGGCUAGGUCAGGUGACCAAGCUCGUCCGAGAGCCAUACCUGGAUGAGGUCUUUCAUAUACCACAAGCUCAAGCUUAUUGCAAUGGGAGGUACGAUAUGUGGGAUCCUAAACUUACCACCCCACCAGGACUAUAUAUCUUCUCGACUCUAUAUGCCAAGCUCUCAGCAUAUGGAAAAUGUUCUCCCGCCGUACUGCGAUCUUUCAAUGUCUUCGCUUUGAUCAUGGUAUUUUCGUACGCCUGCGACUGCAGAGCCCUCAUCUCCCGGUCCAGAGCCCGGAAUGCAGCAGCUCCUCGAAAUUCUUCUAUUGCGUUUGGUGUGCAGAACUGGGCGUAUGGCCCCCAGCGGAUAAAUCCAGACGAACUACACACCGCAUUGAAUAUCGCCUUGUUCCCCAUACUAUUCUUCUUUUCUGGUCUUUUCUACACCGAUGUUCUGUCAACUUGCGUCGUCUUGAGAGUGUACCGACUGUUCUUGGAGAGAAGAGGAGCAUACCAGAAUUCCUCCGAGGGUCUAAUAUGGCUUUAUCUCACAGGCAUUGUGUCUCUCUGGAUGAGACAGACGAAUGUAUUUUGGGUUGCUGUAUUCAUGGGUGGCUUGGAGGUGGUGAGGACGAUCGAUGCCAACCAGACUCCUGAUCCUGGUCCGGAUAUUGCACCCUACAGGUGGAAAGAUAUCUGUAUCUUUUACUUCAAGCGUUAUGGCAAUGGCCAGAUCCAUGAUGUGCCACUGGGGGACGCUGGGGUUCAUGAUUUCAUUCUCUGCGCAGUCAGCGUCGCUGUUGCCGCCGUAUUUCACCCUCUCCUUCUUGUAACUCGACUAUGGCCUUACAUUGGUCUUUUACUCUCCUUUGUCGCCUUCGUGAUUUGGAAUGGCGGCGUUGUGUUAGGGGACAAGGCAAACCACGUAGCAACCAUCCAUAUCCCACAGAUGCUUUACAUUUGGCCAUUCAUGGCCUUCUUCUCAGCUCCUCUCAUCGUUCCAAUCGGCCUUUCCUUCCUACAUCGCCUCUUCAAACUCUUCUCUCUGCCCCUGUUUCCGCGCCUGGUGUGGCAGUACCUACUCGCAGCGAUCUAUACAGCUGGAGCGCUAGCUGUGACCCUCGUUAUCAUCAAGUUCAACACGAUCAUCCAUCCUUUCACUCUAGCGGACAACAGACAUUACAUGUUUUACGUAUUCCGAUACACGAUUCUCAAGCACCCAAUGGUUCGAUACCUCCUCGCACCAGUCUACCUGAUCUGCGGAUUUCUUGUCUACUUAACGCUUUGCGCUCAAAGUACAACCUCUCCAACCACUUUGAAGAAGAAGAGGGAGUCCUCAAAAAACAGCGAUGAUCAGCCAAGAGCAGAGGAGAAGCCCGCUACAAACACACAGUCAGACGGCCCAACAACGUCAUUCGUUCUCAUCCUACUCCUCACUACCGCCCUAUCACUCAUCACAGCACCCCUCGUCGAGCCCCGAUACUUCAUCAUACCAUGGGUCAUAUGGCGACUCAACGUCCCCUCAUUACCACCACCACGUCAGGCAGCCUCCUCACCAAAAUCAAAGUCGAAGUCAAAGUCAAGAACCGAUACAGCACGACAAGAAGAGAUAUCCCGCAAGAUCAUCUCCUGGAUCAGGUUCUGGGGGUGGGAAGGACAUGACUACAGGCUUUGGCUGGAGACGGUGUGGUUUCUGGGUAUCAAUGCGGCCACGGGGUAUAUCUUUCUGUAUCGCGGGUAUGAGUGGAAGCAGGAGCCUGGGAAUGUCCAGCGGUUCAUGUGGUAACCCUGAACCCUGAACCCUGAACCCUAAGCCGAGCAUCGAUGGUCGCUGGGGAUGUACAUUUCUUGUGAUAUUUAAACAUCCAUCCUGGGGACGUAGACGUAGACGUGGUUGAAUCUCCCGCAUUGUAGUCGAGUCUGGCUUAGAGUCUUGUAUAUUACCAGUUGCGCGAUAUGUGAUCGGACCCUAAACAACAUGGUGGACGGAGGAUGAUCCAUUCCGUAAAUAUAGGUACAUACCUAGUAACCUGGCCAGCAUGUCUUCCUCUCAAACAUUGUGUAUGAUGGGUUGGUCGAAUUGAUUGUUUAGCCUCUACAAGUCCAGAUAAAACACGCACCAUUGUCAUCACGAGUCCUCACCAAGCGCUCUUUACGGCGUAUAGUCUAGUCAUCUCUCUGCUAUCGCUAUCGCCGUGCGUCUUCUCAGUAGGCAGCCGUGUCCUGGGACGGGGCUCUGGAUUUGAUGCGCAUUUCCAGCCUCUUCAAGACGCAGGCGGGCAAUUCACCCGUUGGAGCCAGACGCGUUCAUUAUGACAUGAGCCCGGGCGUGGUUGUCAAGUCCGGAAGAGCGCCUGCUCAAGAAGGAAUCAUCGUCUAAUCUCGCUCAAGGAUCCUAAACCCAUGCAUUCCCGAAAUGCAUUCAAAUCAUCAUCCACCAACGCCUAAUGCCAGGAAAUCGUUAUGCAUAGUACGGAAAAAGGUAUAAACAAGCAGAACAAGCGGUCGUCAAGUCGGAUAGAGGAAAUUGGAAAUUUGAGCCCUAGCAACCAUACACUCCAUGUCGUUUCGAUGCCAUCACAUAGUGAAAGAUAGGAAGAGAUGAAGGAUCCGUAGUCCAACUCGUGAACCCAAGGUACAACGAUACUUGGCGUGAUCAAAUCCCUCAUCUCUUUCACAUCGAGACAAAGGAUUCAGGUAUCGUGCCACAAAAUACCAGCGAAAGGUUGAAAGAAUCAGGGAAGGGGUCCGAAAGUGGAGCGAUAGAUAGAUAGUAAGAGGUGGGAAUCGAAGUAAGGGUUAGAUUUGGCCUUUGAUGUCGACUUUAGCAAAGGCUGCACUUUUAGCAGCCUCGAACAAGCCGCCAGCCUUGCCAGUGAGGAAUCGAAGUUCAUCGUUCUUCUCUUCAAGCAGGUGUUGGCCAUUGUAAUCACAGAUGAACUGUGCGGCAUCGCCGUCGGACUCAAAUCCAAGUUCCUCGGUGAUAAAUCUCAACUUGAUAUCUGGCUUGUAUCUGCGAAUUAUUAGCACAAGUCUAGAAGCGAGAUGUGGAUGUGUGGAGGAACAUACGCUUUGCAUAUAUUUGACAGAGCAACCAGACGUUCACGAACGACGAACAUAUCCAUGAGGUAGGCACCCAUGUUAGGUGUGUCGAGAUAGAGCCUGAAAAAUCUGUGGUAGUUGCCUAAUGCUAAAGCCGAACGCACACCAAGAGCAUGCUUGAUAGCCUUUUCUUCCUUCUCUGCUGGGGUUAGAUCCGCCAAGACGUCAUUCAAUGCCGUGCGGUUAGAUGUGUGAAUGAAAUACAAGAUACGAUACGCCUUGAAUUCCACCGGGUUGCCUCCCAAAUUCUGCGCAUAAAGCGCACGAAGCUGGGUUUGACAUUGAUUAUACUCACCAAGAUCCCCCUUCUCCAGGGCAAUCCGGGCAUGGAUUUCAUACACCGUAACUGUGAACUCGUUCUUGAUGCGUUGCACGGUAAGAUCUUGUCGCAUAGACUUGAACUGGUCGCAUAUGUAAGAAUAGUUGCCCUCUUUCUUCCACUUCUUCUUCAAUAAAUCAAGGGUUUGUCUCAAAAUAGGUUCAGGUCGGACUUGUGAUGGGACUGGAGCUGAUGUGAGGCGGAAAUAUUGCUUCUCGAGGACUUUGCACGUUCCGACUACAGGGCCUGAUGAUGGUUCUGGGGUAGGAGAUCGAGCGUAGGUUGGUUUGUAACCGCCAUCAAAACGACGAAGGCGCUUCUCCAGGUUCUUCUGGGACUUACUUAAUUUCUCCUCCUGAAAUGGAUGCUGGCGUUUUUCGGUGAUACGAUCUUCGAAGCGGUUGUUAGCACGCCACGGAGGCAUAGGAUUGUCAUCUCCACCGAGCUCUUGGGAUUUUCUCUUCUUCGAUAGAGCGUGGUUACCAUUGGCAUUGCCAUUCGCGCCUAUCCGCAGAUCUAGAGAUUCUUGUUUCCAUGCCUCGGCCUUUGCCUGUGCCCGCGCGUGGUGUAUCAUUUGUUGGGGAAGGGGUAGAUGGUCCCAGUCGAUCGUCUCCAGAGAAUUACUAUCGGUCGCUGCUGCGAUGGUUGUUCUUAGCUGUUCUUCCAUCUCUGCUCUAGACACAUCGGCAAGGAGGUUAUCGUUCUCGAAAGAUCUCUGUACGUAAAGCCGAACUGGUGCUGGCCAGUCGAUUUUCUUUUUCUCCGCAGGUGGAGGAGCAGGCAUCGGCGCGGGUGGAGGCGGAAACUGGGCAGUAGGCACAAGGUGAGGCACGAGGUGAAGGGGCGCUUGGGCGAAUGUUUGUCGGACUUGUACGGGAUAGUAGGCUGGCGGAGCCGUCCUCUCGUAAGAAGGCAUCUUCUGAGGAGUUGGAAAGGGGUGCUGAUGUUGAAGGUGAUGAAGAGGAGGAAAAUCCACGAUGCAU